UGUUAGCUGUCCAGAGAAAGACGAACGGGAAAGACACGGGAGAGGCGGAGAGGCGGAGGGGAGACACGGACAAACCGGUAGAGGGACAGCUAGGCUCGAACCUGUGAUAAACCUACACAGCUCACUCACUUUUUGACGAAGAGAGAGGAAGAUUGUUUUUUUUUUUUUACCGAAAAGGAAGGGGAGGGGACAGUUAACUUUGACUAACCUGGACUGCUCUGCUCAACAGGACACCCGUCUCUGAAAUCCCCGGUUUUGACCUGGAAUCUGCUGAGGCGCUUGGGCUCCAAUUUGACGGAGCUUCCGCGCUUGCCCCGAAUUUUUGCCCAGUCUCCAUCUGCUCCAUCCACCAUGACCUCGGAGCUGGAGAGCAGUUUAACCUCCAUGGACUGGCUGCCACAGCUGACGAUGCGGGCAGCCAUCCAAAAGGCUGAUGCCCAGGGUGCCCAUGGCCCAGGCAUGGCUAAGAAGAGUGCCCUGUUGGACCCCAACACUACGCUGGACCAAGAGGAGGUUCAGCAGCACAAAGAUGGAAAGCCUCCGUACAGUUACGCCAGCCUCAUCACAUUUGCCAUCAACAGCUCACCAAAAAAGAAAAUGACCCUGAGUGAAAUCUACCAGUGGAUCUGUGACAAUUUCCCCUACUACAGGGAGGCAGGCAGUGGCUGGAAGAAUUCUAUACGGCACAAUCUUUCAUUGAACAAGUGUUUUCUCAAAGUGCCUCGGUCCAAAGAUGACCCAGGAAAGGGUUCAUACUGGGCGAUCGAUACAAAUCCAAAGGAGGACACGUUGCCCACCCGGCCCAAGAAGAGGCCACGGUCUGGAGAACGGGCUUCCACACCCUACAGUCUGGAGUCUGAUUCCCUGGGAAUGGACUGCAUCAUUUCUGGAAGUGCCUCUCCGACAUUGGCAAUCAACACUGUGACUAACAAGGUGGCGUUAUACAACCCAGACCAAGAUGGGAGUGAUAGCCCUAGAAGCAGCCUUAAUAACAGCCUGUCUGACCAGAGCCUGGCCUCAGUCAAUCUGAACAGUGUGGGCAGUGUGCACAGCUACACCCCGGUGACAAGUCACCCAGAGCCAGUGUCCCAGUCUAUGAGCCUGCAGCAGGCCCCCCAGCCCCAGUACAGCAUCCCUGAGCGAGACAAGCAGCUCCUCUUCUCUGACUUUGAAGAUCUCAGUGCCUCGUUCCGCAGCCUUUACAAGUCUGUGUUUGAGCAGUCUUUCAGCCAACAGGGUCUGAUGGGGAUGCCAUCGGAGUCUUCCCAGCAAAGCCACACCUCUUGCUCCUACCAGCACUCCCCAAGCAGUGCCAUCAGCACCCACCCACACACCAGUCAGAACAGCAUCACCAACUCGCAUCCCAACAGCAUCCCCAACAGUGGUGCGCAGGUGCCCCUGUCGCACCCGUCUCAUUCUGCCCACAGUUCUCCCCACACACCGCACCUCUCUCAGCACGGGCCACAUACUCACACCCAACAUGGCCAGCACCCACACUCGGCACACACUCAACACCAGGCUCACUCUCAGCACACCCAGCACUCCCAACACACUCAACACUCCCAGCACUCCCAACACACUCAACACUCACAGCAGCCCCAACAGCACCAGAAUCUCUCUCACCAGCCCCAUCCAGCCCAGCAACAGAUGCCCUGCAGCACCGGUCUACCCAGUGACUGGUAUCCCAAUCUGGAUGCACUGAAGGAAAGUUGUCGCAUUGCCAGCAGCUACAACUGGGCAGAUGUGGACCUCUCGCCUUUUCAAGGAUUGAGAGAGAGCAUGAGACAGGCCGAGCUGAAUAACUGGUCUCUGGAGCCAACUCAGAUUGUGGACCUCUGUUCCUCCAUCAACCAGUUCUUUGCCCGCACUGGAGUCAUUCAGCCACAAGGGGCAGUGCAGCCACCCGUGUGCCAUGGUGCCAUGCAUCCCUCCAAGCCUAGCCAGCACAUUAAUACAGGAAAUAUGUACAUGGACUCAAGACAGAGCAUGACCUCCAUGAUGGGUCCUCCAGGUUAUCCCCACAUGCCCCCCAUGAAUAGCACAGCCAACACCAUGACAGGUCAUCAUGCACAAAUGAACCAACAGCACAUGAUGUCUACUGGAAACUUCCCAAUGCGCCGCAUGCCUGCUGACGACAUCCAGGACGACUUUGACUGGGACUCCAUUGUCUAGCCUCGUCCUUAUUAUGAGAAAAGUGGCAAAAUAAGAGAGUCGCUUGGAAGAAGAAGAGAGUGUGUAUGUGUGCGAGAGAGAGAGAGGGCUAGUCCCAAGAUAUCUGCGUGCCCCAAGGCGGGAAGCAGUUUGGAACAGGGCGCGCUUCAAAAUGUGCAGGUGUCGGUAAUAUGAGCUGAAAGAGACUCUUGUUGUCCUGGUGUUUUAGGAAAUGAAAACAAAAACAAACAAAAAGUUACUCUGAAGACAAUCACAUUUACUAGGAAAUGUUUAAGUGAUUGAUUUUAUACUUGUCCAAAGGACAAAACUCAUGUUUAUGUUAAAUAUAAAACCCCUUUUUUCCAUCCCUUUCUCUGCUGCGAGAAACUACUCAGUCUCCUAACUCCCUUUCUCCAAGUCAGCUAUUUGGCCAAGCUCUUCCCUCCCCUGUUGUGUGUGGGAUUUUUUUAUUAUUAUUUUUUUAUGAUUUUGUGUGAAAUGUUUGGCUUGUUCUCUCCCCCUCAUCUCUUGGUGCAGGCCUAAGCUGCCUUUUAGCUCUCAUUUGUGAUGCGAUAUCCCCUCUGAAAAUGCAGGCCACUUUUCAGGCAGAAAAAGUUUUCUGCUCACUCUGUCUGCACAGCGCCGCCGGUUCUCUAGGUCUCUAUGAACUCCGGUGCUCCACAUAUCACCUGAGCCUUUAUUGUAACUUGUACAAACAUCGCCAAGCAUCCAAAUCAGAUCUCUGUGCUAGCGAAUGAUUAUCUGUUGUCUUUUUUAAUGAUCGGUGUGGCUCAUAAGUUAACUCCAUACCUGCAGUAUUCAUACGUGUGUAUCUUUGCUGUCUGCAAUGUAUCAUACUCUUGUCACUGAUAUAUUUUUUAAAAGUGUGAGAUGGUGCAUCUGGAACUGACCUCACUUCUCCCUCAGAUCUCCUGUUCAUUUGUGUGUCACCAUAAAUGUACUAUCUGCAUGUACAGUUGGUUUUCUUUGUUGGAUUCUUGCCAAUUCCUAUUGAGACUGUGCAGCUAUGGUUGAUCUUAUUUACGCCCUACUCCAGAAUUCAUGUAGUGUUUGGGAGAAAUGGUGUGAGAGAAAUGGUGCAGAUAUCAUGAAAGGCAGCAGAUAAAGCAAAGAGCAUGCUAGUCUUCUUGGGUCUUGUACACUGAGACAUACUUGCUGUUUUGCUGCUCCAAAGAACUUGUGCGGAAAGAGUACUGCUAAUUGGUUUUGGAGCAAGGAUGUUAAGAAAUGUGAUGUAAUGUGGAGAGAGGACAUUGGAAACUGAUAAAAAAGGACAUCCAUCCAGCCAUCCCUUUAUUCAUUUUUGGGGAAGCCAUUCAUAACCCUGACAUAAAAGUCACUGAUUAAAAUUCACUCAUGCCAUUGGUAGAAGUUAAAGGAGUAAAGCAGAAGUAUCCAAGGAUUACACCCCUAAACAAACUAUUGUAAGGUAUUCCAGUUUUGCCAUGAGUAAUUACCAGAUUAAUUGUGCAAUAUUGUUAAUUAGGGCUAUAAAAUUAUGAUCACAAUCAUUUCUAUCAGUGAGCACAAAUGUUGCGGGCCAAAAGUCAGAUCUAGAGGCACAUUUGGGUUGUCACUCUAAACUUCAGAACACCAAGCACUUAAAUCAAUAUUUACUGAGCAGCCAUGAAAACAGUGAUGUGUAGGAGAAGCAUCAAAGUUAUAUUACAGACAUCAUUAAUGUCGUUAUGGAGUGGAUCAGUGGGGUUGAUCUGUCACCUAGCUGUUUGAGUUUCUUUUAACACCUCUGCUCUCUGAAUUUGACCUUGAAUUACACAUUAGUAUUAUAUAUUGUCACGUUAUCAUGAGUAUGAUCUAUAGACAAUCAUCUUUGUAUUUCAGUAUUAUAGAAUCUACAGAUUAUGCCUCUUAUGCCACUUUUUUGUUGUAAUACACACACACAUUUUGUGUGCAUA